UAAAUUCUACAUUUUACAUACACACAGUUUUCCUCCCUCUGAACAACGAAGAAAAUUUUCAGAUUUUUCUCUGAGCUCUUCAAUUUCAAACAAAUUUUGUGGUAAUAUCGUAAUAUUUAAUUUUCUAGGCUUAAACCUUUAUUAAAUCGUGCAAAAAUGGCUCUUAGCGAUGCUGAUGUUCAAAAACAGAUUAAGCAUAUGAUGGCUUUCAUCGAGCAAGAAGCAAAUGAGAAAGCCGAAGAAAUCGAUGCUAAAGCUGAGGAAGAAUUUAAUAUUGAGAAAGGUCGUUUAGUACAACAACAACGUAUUAAGAUUAUGGAAUAUUACGAGAAGAAGGAGAAACAAGUUGAGCUACAAAAGAAGAUUCAAUCAUCAAAUAUGUUGAAUCAAGCUCGUUUGAAAGUGUUGAAAGUUCGAGAGGAUCAUGUACGUGCUGUUCUCGAUGAAGCCAGAAGACGCUUAGGAGAAGUCACCAGAGAUGGGUCGAGAUAUUCGACAAUUCUCCAAGCCCUCAUCACACAAGGACUGUAUCAAAUCAUGGAAGCAAAUGUCACAGUUCGUGCACGUCAAGGUGAUGCACAACUCGUUCAAAAUGCACUUCCAUCAUCCGUAGAACAAUACAAGCGAGAAACUGGCAAAGAUGUUGUUGUUACUCUCGAUACAGACAACUUCCUACCUGCUGAUUCUACGGGAGGCGUUGAAUUAUAUGCUCUUCAAGGACGUAUUAGGGUUGUCAAUACCCUUGAGUCUCGCCUGGAAAUGAUUGCUCAUCAAUUAGUUCCUGCUAUCCGUACAGCACUCUUUGGCAUGAACACCAGUCGUAAAUUCACAGAUUAAGUUUGUGCAAAACAAAAAAAAAUUAAUAUUACAAAAUUUAUCAUCAUAAUAUGCAGUAACAAAUGCGAUAAAAAAUACGAUUUCAAAAAUAAAUUUCUGUUCAAUUUAAAUUCUCGUGAGAAAGAAAUGAAGGAUAUGUAAGUAAUAGCAUGAAUAUUUCUGUUUUAGUUUCCUUUAUUAUCAAAAAAAAAACAUGUUUCAUAAAAACAUUGCAUUCCGUUUUUUUCUGGAUAUUAUAAAUCUAUGUAUUAUGUACGAGAAAAUAUAGCUUAUAUCUUAUACCAUACAACAUACUAUAUUGUUCACAAUAAUUUUGAAAUUAAAUAUUCUAUAAAUUAGUGAAAAAAAAUAUUUUGAGAUCGCAAAAAAAUUAUUAUCCAACUGAAU